AUGCAGUUCUCCUCUAUUUUCACCAUUACAGUUGCCGCCAUGCUGUCUGCUCCUGCUCUGGCUUGCAAGUGCUAUGUGAAUGGCCACCAGGAUACCGGUAGAACCAGAUCAUGCUGCAACUCGCUCAGCGGUGUUUUCCGGGGCGGCAAUGACUGCCUUGCUAGCUCUAUCUCGGAACGCCUUUCAAAUUUCCGACGAUGCUGUGGUGGUCAAUCAGAUUGUGACUACCCCCACCUUGCUCAAGCUGCAGAUGGGCUGGAAGUCCAGGAAUUGGAUCACAUAAAGACCAUCGUUGUUCCUGCUGCUCCUACCCCUGCUGUCGAGAAAUAG